UCAUGUUGUAACUUCUCUUUAACUUUCAUCUCCUUCUCCCUGAAUUUUCCCCCUUUUUUUUAAAUAUUUCGCCUCCGUUACCUUCCUCCCUAUUUAGGAGGGCAUAAUACUUCCUUCUUUUUUCUAUCACUUUUUCCUCUGUUAAACCGUUGCCGCGUUCUCGUCUUCAGAAUGGUGACUGCUGUCUUAAAUACAGCCAUUGGGACUCUUCAGUCCAAUACACUUUUUAAUACUUUUGGAGCUCAUCAUGAAUUUGGAAAUGUUCCGGUCAGAUUGACUCCUAAAGGUUUCAAAGUCAAUACUGAAUUGUCAAGCAACUGGAGUUAUGCCUCUGGCAAGAGGAAUUUUGCAUUUAUUCAAGCUUCAGCUUCUCCAACUUUGGUGGAUCAUGUUUCAUCCCCCUCAGAUAACGACACCAGUGACUCCAAAAAGAAAUCGAGCGAAGCAGCUUUGAUACUGGUUCGGCAUGGUGAGUCUUUAUGGAAUGAAAAGAAUCUGUUCACAGGUUGUGUUGAUGUGCCAUUAACCAGGAAGGGUGUCGAAGAGGCUAUUGAAGCUGGAAAGAGAAUUAGAAACAUACCUGUCGACAUGAUUUAUACUUCAGCACUAAUUCGUGCACAGAUGACUGCUAUGCUUGCCAUGACCCAGCACCGACGUAAGAAGGUGCCAAUCAUUAUGCAUAACGAGAGUGAACAGGCAAGGUCCUGGAGUCAAAUUUUCAGUGAAGACGCUAUGAAGCAAUCCAUUCCAGUUAUAACAGCAUGGCAAUUGAAUGAAAGAAUGUAUGGGGAAUUACAGGGUCUAAAUAAGCAGGAAACAGCUCAUAGAUACGGGAAGGAACAAGUUCAUGUGUGGCGACGGAGUUAUGACAUUCCUCCUCCUAAUGGUGAGAGCUUGGAGAUGUGUGCUGAAAGAGCUGUUGCUUAUUUUAGAGAUCAGAUUCAACCCCAACUUCAAGAUGGAAAGCAUGUAAUGAUUGCUGCCCAUGGCAAUUCACUGAGGUCCGUUAUUAUGUAUCUUGACAAAUUAACUACUCAGGAGGUAAUCAGUUUGGAAUUAUCAACUGGAAUGCCAAUGCUUUACAUAUUCAAAGAGGGAAAGUUCAUCAGAAGGGGAAGUCCAGUAGGACCAACAGAAGCGGGGGUUUAUGCUUAUACUAGGACUUUAGCUCAAUAUCGGCAGAAGUUGGAUGAGAUGCUUCAUUAAUGUCUCUGAAAUGUAGGGACUUACAACUUAUUUCAUCACAUCUGCCUCCCUGUUGGUGCCAUCGUUGGAUUACAAAAGAAGGAAAUACACCCAUCUGAAAGCCUACCGGUUAUAGUUAAACCAGCAGGUCAGAAAACUGGCUAUUGCUUUGUAGUAGUUGAUGUUACUAGCCCUUGGCUUUGUUCAGAGUAGAUGUUUGUGUCUGUGUGAAAGAAGAGCUCUGUAAGAUGGACUUAAAGAAGACAAAUUCACCCCCUGUUUGUGCCUCUUGAGAAGAACUAUUGAGAAACAAGAAGAUAACCCCAUCAAAUGAACUCAAGUUUAAAAAAUUCAUGCAUUGAAUGUUCACAAUAAUAAGAUACAAGUUGAGAAA